CGUCCGCCGCAAAGCUCGAAGGCCUUCCGGUUCGAGUUCGAAUUCGAACUGCGAAUCGCAACUAAUCCCAACAGCUCCCACUCCACUAGCCGCCGCCGCACCUACAAAAUCCAGCAAAAGCUAGUAGCGGAGUGGUACGUGCGACGGUGCAAGUGCAGCAAGAAUCCGUACGUUGCCACCGGAGCAUCGAUGUCCCGAAAGAAGCCGCCGGCGCCGGCAGUGGCCUCCACCGGCUGUUCGGGCCUCAUGUCCUGCCUCUCCCUCCACCGCCGCGGCCCGACGCCGAAUCUACCUCGGAGAAACGAUGACGCGGACGGCGGCGGCGACGCGGUCGCGGCCGCGGAGCAGUACGGGAAGAGGGUGCAGUUCUUGGAGGAGGAGAUCAGGAGGCUGAGCAAGUGGCUGGGCCAGGAGGAGAGGCUCGCGCCGGCCGCCGAAAGCGGCGCCAAGGCCAGGGAGGAGAGUGGCAAUGCGGCCGCGGCCACGACAACCGCUACCAAGAGGUGCAUUAGCGUCGGGCAUGGGGCCGGCGGCGUGCAGGGGAUGGUGAGGCUGGAGGACGGGAGCUACCUGCACGAGGUCAGGCGAGUCGGGCGGCCGUGGGAGUGGCUGGUCGUGCAGGUGUCGCGGCCCGUCGUCCCCGAGGACGCGGCGAGCGCAUCAGAGGUUCUUAACAAGAUGACAACGAUGAGGGCAGAGGACCUGUGCAAGUUCCUGGUUCAAAUGAUACCGUUAAAGGACAUCGCCGGCCGGCAGAACCUUGGCAAGCCUGUGCGCAGGACGGCAAGGCUGAGCUCAGGGGACGACCUCGUGGAAGCUCUCAUCUUCAAAGCAAUGGAUAAGUUGGAAGCAUUGGUCCUGGAAGGCCUAAAGAUCCAGAUGGCCUCUACAGCUACCGACUCUGCCACGGCCGCCGCCGACCGGCCGCGCCAUGAAUCAUUCGGUAAAGAUUGCAUGGUCUAUAUGGUUCUGAUGCAGGUGAGGGAUCCAAAGGAAAAUUACGGCGCCAUCGGCGAUCCCAUGAUAGGGCUAAUCGAAGCAUCUCUGGAGAGGAAGGAUGACAAGGUGAAGCUGGAGAUGCAGGGGCCGCAUGUUGCUGGGAUCAGCUUCAUAAACCGGAAGUCGAGUGAUGGCAGAUGCCUGAUGUGGAGUGCUUCUAUGAGGCAAUGCAAGGGAUUGCAUAAUGGCGGCGGCGGCUGCCGGUGCAAUUGUGUUCGGAAUCCGAAUCGUGUUUUCCAGCGAUAG